AUGCGUCUUCCUCAGACUUCUUGGACCACUUUGGUCCUGUCCAUUCUUUUACACCAAGCCAUUGCAGAAUCUUACUUUGCUCUCAACUCUGCCUAUGGUCUGUUGCAAAACACUGUUGCCGCCGACGACCUCGAGCUUCCAGUCGGAACUUGCAAUGCAAACACGCCAUGUGUAAACGGCGCUUGCUGCAGUGGUAACGGCAGCGGUCUCUGCGGUUACUCCCCCUCGGAAUGUGGCGCCGCAAACUGCACCUCCAACUGUGAUGCCAAAGCCGAGUGUGGCCAGUACGGCAAGCCUGGUAAACAGACGUGUCCUCUUGGUGUUUGCUGCUCAAAGUUUGGUUUCUGUGGCUCAACCUCUGACUUCUGUGACGCCGGAUGCCAGGAGGGAUUCGGUGGCUGUGGCGACGUCAAGCGGCCCUCCUGCAGCAAGGACGGCGGCAGCAUCAACAAGCGGACCAUCGGUUACUAUGAAUCAUGGGCCAACACACGAGCCUGCAGCGCCGUUUCGCCCGAGGACCUCAACUUGGAUGGCCUUACUCACAUCAACUUUGCUUUUGUCUUCUUCGAUCCGUCAUCGUUUCAGAUCGUUCCCAUGGACAAGAACGCUGGCACCCUCCUCAACCGUUUCACCAAGCUGAAGGAAAAGAAGGCUGGCCUACAGACUUGGGUCAGUGUUGGUGGUUGGUCUUUUAACGACCCCGGCCCAUACCAAAAGGCCUUCAGCACCAUGGCCUCGAGUGCGGGAAACAGAAAGAUGUUUAUUGAUGGUCUGAUCAAGUUCAUGGAGCUAGUAGGUUUCAUCACCCUUAAAUUCCUACAAUCGUCUGACAAGGACCCAGGUGAUCGCGGUGGAACCGCAGACGACACUGCCAACUUUGUGCUGCUGUGCAAAGACAUCAAGGCUGCGUUCGGGAGUCGUUUUGGCUACUCCAUCACUCUGCCUGCAUCGUACUGGUACCUCCAGAACUUUGAUCUCGCUGGCAUGCAGCCAUAUGUCGACUGGUUCAACAUCAUGUCGUACGACAUCCACGGCGUGUGGGAUGCUGCUUCAAAGUUCGUCGGACCUAUUGUCGCAGCACACACCAACCUCACUGAGAUCGACAUGGGUUUGGAUCUCCUCUGGCGUGCGGGCCUCAAGCCCGAGAAGGUUGUCCUCGGUCAAGGAUGUAAGCAGCCAGCCAGAUGUUUAUUCUGUUCUCUCGCCUCAUCGGUACAAUGGCUGACCUAG